AAACUAUUGCCUUACAAUUAUUUUAUAGGGCUCAUAUGGAUUAGUCAAACUAGCAUACUCAGAAGAGGACUCCACCCAUUACGCUAUGAAAAUCCUUUCAAAACGUCGACUGAUACGGCAAGCUGGCUUAUCAAAACGUGGCCAAAAUAAACCCAUUUCACCACUAGAAAGAGUUUAUCGAGAGAUUGCAGUCCUAAAAAAAAUUGAUCAUCCAAACGUUGUGAAACUAGUCGAGGUGUUAGACGAUCCGAUGGAAGACUCGUUAUAUAUGGUUUUCGAGCUGGUAAAGCAAGGGCAUGUGCUUAGCAUUCCAACAGAUGCUCCACUAAAUGAGGACAAAGCCUGGUUUGUUUUUCGAGAGACUCUACUUGGUUUGGAAUAUU